AUGUCGAACGCGCCCGCACAACCCAUGAACGUGCCUUCAGGUGCGCAAACCGCCACCGUCGCAGCGGGAUGUUUCUGGGGAGUCGAACACAUGUAUCGAAAGGAGUACAAGGGGAAGGGCCUGUACGAUGCGCGAGUAGGCUAUAUCGGUGGUGAUACCGAGAACCCAGGUCGCGUGGUAUCAAGGAAACAGGCUAAUUGGAUCGGUGAAACAGACGCAGAAGCCUUGCAAGUUAUCUACGACCCCGAAAAAGUUACCUACCGUUCCCUUCUCGAGUUCUUCUACAGGAUGCACGAUCCGACCACAUCGAACCGCCAAGGUCCGGAUGUUGGUAGUCAGUACCGCUCUGCGAUCUUUUACCACGAUGCCGAGCAGGAGAAGAUUGCGCGGGACGUAACGGAUAAGGUGAACAAGCAGUGGUGGAAGGGCGGAGUUGCGACGGAGAUUCUGCCAGCGGGGAAAUGGUGGGAUGCGGAACAGUACCAUCAAUUGUACUUGGACAACAACCCAGGGGGUUAUGAGUGCCCGAGUCACUUCUUAAGGAGCUUCCCACCGCUUUCUGAUUAG